UAUCGCCUCGCUCAGCCGCACGCGGACGCACCGGCAGCAGCAGCUUCCCGUCGAAGAAAAAGAGUUGCAGUGAUAUGAAGUGAGAGUGAGGAGAGUGCUGCCAUGGAUCAUCGUGCCGUUGGACUGAGAAUCAGCAAGCGCCGCCGUGUGGGCGUGGCUGCCACCUGUGCUGCCGGCCCCAGGGUGGCCCGGGUCGCCGUGCGACCUCUGUCUAGAGACAAGCAGACCCACCCAGGAUGACGGCGACGGCACUCUACUGGUCCUCGUGAGGACCUCCUAUCUUCCACCCGGAGCGCGCUAUGAAAAUACACAUGGCGUAAACCUGUGCGUCCGUGCUGCAAAUCUGUCAAGAAAGUGCUGAGGGAGCAUUGGACGGGACCAGGAUGAGGCUUCUGUCAACAGCGACAUGGAAUGGCACUACUACUGUCGUGAGCAGACAAGUGAAGAUGUCCCAAAACAACUUGUCUUUGCUUGGCGUUGGAUAACCUCACUGUGUGAAAGGCUGGUGUCCUCUGAAGUUGCCAUAGCUACGACUAGUUUAGUGCCGGGCCGUGCCCACCACCUCUUGCUUUCCACCCUAGCUGAGCUCGGAGUAUUCAAGUGGGAAGCAGUGGAUCAUUACUCGUCAUAUUACUAUAAUGAAGUUUUGGCCAAAGGACUCUCACCCCACCCAAUUCAGCGUUUGGUGCUCAAACCCUCUUUGCUAAAAAACAAAAGAAAGAAAUGUUGGCACAAACGAAACUGUUACUGGACAAUUUUUUUGGAUUUUACUUACUGUUUACAAAAUUCGGAGUAUUUGUAUUCUAUUUGUAUUCUCAACAUUGUAUUUUGAGGGAGUUUUGGAACAAAGUUGUGCAAAAAUAAAAAGUUUCGAAUAAAAUUUUACUAAUAAUUCG